AUGUUUAUGUUGCUGGCUGUAGCUGCUGCGAGUUUUCACGGCAGUGUUAAAAGUCAAAAUCUAGUUUUCGACUUUUUCACAUAUUCGUCCAUGACAUUAAUUAAGCAGAGCGACCAAUUUAUCCAAAGAUCGCUUGAAUUGCUCCAGGCGAGCCCAGAGGACACGACAGUGUCAAUAACAUACACACACUCGAGGGUGAAGUCGGCCAAGACCGGCAAACCGGCCAAAGCAUUGAUCAAAAUCAAGACUUACAAUCCUCAAACCGGCAUAUGUCUAAACUUCAAGACGCACAAGGCAAAGGAGUUCAGCAGAAUGAUCAACGUCUUAGGGCCAAGGGGCAGCUCCAUGACAAAGGUCGAAAACUCUGAGAAAAAAACCAUACAUCUUGAUGGAUUCUCUAGUGUUAUGAGUAAUGUCGAGUUUAAGGAGGAGGUCGCCCCUGCUCCGGCAGCAGCCCCUGUGCCGGAGCAGGCAGAGUCCGGAGGCAAGAAGAAAAGCAAAAAGAAGGGCAAAAAGAAGUAG